AUGGCGACGGAGCAGUCAGUUUUGGCGGUGAUUAGGGCGGCGCGACCGACUUUCCGGAAUCCCCACGAUAAAGUGGCGUUUGCCGUCCAUGCUUGUUUCCUCUCAGCCGGAUGCAUUCUCCACUCAACCGGUCCCUCCGCCUUUGAAAACGACGUCCUCUCCUCCGCCUCCACCGAUGAGGUGGGACUUGAGAAUUGGAACGAAGAUGAAGAUAAUUAUGCAUUUGUAUAUUCUAAUCCCGACAAGGGUUCACAGAAAGUUCUGGUGAAGUGUUUAGUAAUGAAUGAUAAAUUGCUUGUUGAUGCUUUGAAAGAAGGUGAUUCUGAGCCUCUCCAUCUUGAAAUCAAUGUUAGUGACUAUGCCGAAGAGAAUGCUACUGCAAAUUACAGUUCACAUUUCAAGAAUUUGAGGAAGCUGGUAGCAGAUGUUAAUAAAGAAAUCUUGGCUAAACUAGAUGGUUCGGCUGCAAGUUCAUCUGCUCAACCAUCAAGGUCUGAUGAUGGGUUGAGAGACAAUAGAGACCGAUCUAGGAUGGGAGUUACUGACCCCAGCAAUCCUUAUGUUUUUCCUCAUCCUUCAGGAGUGAUUGUUCCUCCGCUUCCUGGUUCUGGCAGCAGUGAUCUCUUUCCUGGGCCUGGUGCUGGAAUGUAUCCAACAAGGGGUGAUUUUGGUGGUGAAAGCAUGCUCAUAGGGCCACAUGAUCCUCGGUUUUUUGGAGGAAAUAGAGAUGGCGUGCCUGGUUUGCCAGGAGGUCAACCAGGCGUUCCACCUGGUGCCCGUUUUGAUCCUUUUGGCCCCCCUGGUGUUCCAGGUUUUGAGCCCGGUCGUUUUGUUAGAAACCCAAGGAGGCCUGGUCCUGGGACACAUCCUGAUCUGGAGCAUUUCGGCAGCGACUCAGAUUUUAUUUAG